AUUUAAUAUACAUGUAUGAAGCGGUGGUCAGUUUAGAAAUGCAACUUUAGGGACAAUCUGAUAUGCAGAGGAAUAAAUAAAAAGUUUCUUUAGGAUUGGAUGGUGACAUUGCUUUGAAGUGACAUCAGAAGAGCGCUCCAUUAUCAGUGUUUCUUGAAUGCAAGCCAAUAAGUAGAGAUGAAUGCUUCUUUAAUUCUUGACAUGAACGAUCAUGCAGGAAUUUGAAAUUCAUAGGCAUGUCUGGCUUUACUGCAACUCUGCAUAUAUAUGAGCCUACUCACAUAUUUUUUCAGAAAUUUUACUGAACAGCUGAGGCCAAAGAAGUCUUUUCUCUGCUGGGGAAUCAAAUCUUAUCAAACAGGCAAAAGUAUUUGUGUGGGCACCUUGCUCUCUCAGGAGAUGCAGCCAGAGGUUAUCCAUGAACCUACAACAAAGGUCCAUGGAUGGGUUAUGCCAGUUUGUCUCUUUGCCCAGCAAUAAAUGUAUCUCUCUGAAUUGAACAGUACUUACUUGCAAUGGUAUUCAUCAGACUUGGCCAUUGGAUUCUUUUAUUCUGUGCUAUAGAAUAACUUUUUGACAAGCACUCCACAGUUCUAUAGCAGUGCCACGAUGCAUACAGUUUUGACAUUCCAGCUUUAAUCUGUUUUAUAUUUAGAGAUGGGAACUUUUAUGUUUAUGAAUGUUGACCUCUUGCUAGUUGACUUUGCUUGUGUACAGUGUAUUUCAGAUGAUUCUUUUAUAAUACCAGGCAAUAAUUGUGGGAUAUCAUUUCGAUUGGAGAUUACUAAACAUAUUGGAUUGAUAAAGGAUAUUAUAAGGCCUAGGCAUUAAACAUGAUGAAGAAAAGUGAAAGAACUGCAUCAGCAAUGAAGGAAAAAGUCAGGAAGGGAGUUACUGCCAUUAACAACGGGGUGAAGAGCCUGCCGAAGGUUGGCCUGGGACCUCUCAUCGCUGGUCAACCCAAUGGACAUCGAGCUCUACCGGACUCCAUGAGUAUGGACGAGAACGAGCUACUGUCGGAGCCCAAGUACCGGGCCUACGUCACUGCGGUAGAGAAAGCCCUCAAGGCCUUUGAGUAUUCAAGCGAAUGGGCCGAUCUUAUCUCGGCGUUGGGCAAGUUGAACAAGGUCUUGCAAACAAACUCUCGAUACCGGAUCAUACCGAAGCGUCUCUUGAUCGGCAAACGUUUGGCUCAGUGCACACACCCUGCCCUCCCUAGCGGUGUUCAUCUCAAGGCAUUAGAAACGUAUGAUCUUAUCUUCAGAUUCAUUGGACCAAAGCUACUAUGUCAGGAUAUGUUUAUCUACAGCGCAGGCCUGUUCCCUCUCCUGGGCAAUGCCUCUAUGUCGGUCAAGCCAGUUCUCCUCAAUAUAUACGAGGAGCAUUAUCUGCCGUUAGGAGAGCACCUGAAGCCCGCCCUCACUGGUCUUCUUCAAGGCAUCCUUCCAGGUUUAGAGGAAGGUUCUGAUUUCUUUGACAGGACCAACACCUUACUGGAGCAGCUAUGUGCUGGUAUGGUGAAAUCAAAUUUCUAUGGUGCUUUGUGGGAGUGUGUACUCUCCAGUCCAGUGGUCAGACUUCCAGCCAUCUCCUUCAUCCUGGCUCAGGUGGACAGGAAACUGCCCAUCAGUGAACAGAAGUACUUCCUGGGCAACAAUAAAUGCAUUAUGGUAAAAGCUGUAUGUGCAGCAAUCAACGAUGCAGUGGUGCUCGUACAACGAAGUGUGCUAGACCUCAUCAUGAUCUGCUUCCCCAUCCAUAACUCUGGCUUGCAGUCUGAUGAACUCGCUGAGCUACUCACCGCAUCUCUCAGUGUCCUACUCCGCCGGGAUAUGUCCUUGAAUAGAAGACUCUUCUCCUGGUUGCUGGGUAUCGAGAACGGUAAGAAGCUGCCAAGCUUGCCUCUUGCUCCUCCUGUCGGGAUGGACAAUUCUGCGAAGAUGCACCGCAGGACAAACAGUGUGCUUACAAAUGAUAGUAUGGUUAGCAACGAGGACGAAGGGUCAGAGUACUUUGAGAUGCACUCUAAGCAGUUGUUAAUCCAGGGCUUGCGGAAGUGGCUCCACGACCCUCCCCAGGAUCCCUACAACAUGGACAGCAAGCAACGCUUCUUCAAACCUUACCGUAUCUUGAUCAGUCUUCUGGAUAAACCAGAGAUCAGCACUCCCAUCAUUGAUGAGAUUCUCCUUGAGGUAUUCCUGGCAGUGUUCACCCACUGUACCAAGAGGAAGGCACCUUCAAAACCAGAUAAUUCUGUGCCCUUGGCCUCCGAAAAGGAAGCAGACUUUGCCAACUGGGAAAUGCUUCAAGGAUCGGAGAAGCCCAUCGAGCUGAUCAAGACUGCUAACUUACUCUUUAACUCAUUUGAACCUUACUUCAUCUGGGAAUACAUUGCCCAGAAGUUUGAGUUGUGCUGUCAGCAUAGUGUGCUUCGAAGUACUGCACAGAGCUUUGUCUCAACCAGCUCUACUAGUACUAACUUUACUUGUACCAAACUUUGCGUCCUUGUCAGUUUUCUACUGGACAUUGUGGCCUUAGAAACCUACCCUGAAACCCCAACAGAGUACCUUCCACAGCUCCUGUGCAAGAUAAUCAUGACUCUGACCAACUACUGUGGCUACCUGGACCUGAGUGACAUCCACCAUGCCCUUGGACUGUGCCUCAAACUGCUGACCAAAGUCCAGCCAUCCAUGGUGACCAGUCCUGAGCCCAAGACUGGACUGAUACCGCAUGCUGACCCAGAACAGCUUCCUCAAGCACUCCUGAAGCAGUUGGAGGGGAUAGAGAAUGGAUAUGAUGUCAUAGAAGAUGAACGUAGUGAAGGCGAACAAGGUGGUGCUUCUGUCCAUAGAAGAGAAGUUGACCAGUCUGAAAGAAAAGGGAUGGGUGUAGAAGAACCAAAGCAGGGUAAGGAAGGGGAAAAGCAGGACCAAGACCUGGAGGAUGAAGAUGAUGAGAGUAGUAAGCUUAUUGAUGCAAAAGAUAAGGAUAGUGAUGAUGAUGACUUAGGGACAGUGCAAUCGCUUGACCGCCUUUCCUCGCAACCUCAAAAGUUCAGCGAGAACAACCCUCCUCCCACCCGUCUGCGCCGUCCCACAAGCCUUAGCAGCAGGCAGGACUCCCUCUUGGAGGAGCCUUUGGACACUCCAGAACAAGCCAAGGCAAAGGACCGGAAACCGCCUAAUCCAAGCAUAUCUUCUCUGGGGAACAGCGAGAGUGAGAAGGAUGGACCUCCCAUGUUUUUGAUGCAGGCCUGCGUCCAGUGUUUCCAGACUUUCUUUGCAAAACUGAUCACCAAGAAGAUCUUGCCAAACGCGGACAUCGUGAAGUCGUGCAUGACCAAGCUUCAGGUUGGUGACGUUGCUCCCCCUGACAAAGACCCCUCUGAGAAUGGGGAAGAAGAGAGUGGUGAUGCUUUAGACAAAGACAGUGAUGAGACAGAGGUUGGUAAAAAGAAGAAGAGGAAAUCCUGGGAAGAUUUGCCUUGGAAACCAAAGAGUGACAAGGUUGAAGAUGUCAGGACAAGAACAGACUCUGCAUUGACAAGUGAUGAGGCUGCCAGGCAGUAUUUAGUCGAUGUGACUAUCAGUUGUACCUCAUCCAAGGUGCUAUGUCAGGCAUUCAGUACAGCAUGCAAUCUACUGGUUGAGUUUGCUUGCUUUCCAAUGUACUGCAAUGAGACCAUCUCAGCAUCGUUACUCAAGGCACCAAGAAUGAAAGGGAGUAUGCUAGGCCUACCAGACUGGCUACAGAACCUUCUGACCUGUUGCUGCUUCCUCAAGGACUUUGACACCCAGACCAUGGCCAUCUCAACGGUUCUGGAGCUCAUUACCUUGACCAAGUCAGUCAUGUCAAGUUCAGAUAGUAAGCUGGUUCUACCCAAUCCACCCAACUCACCUAGGUCCGAGUCGGGGACUAUAUCAGUAGUACUCAUCCCAGCUAUCUCAUCUAAACAUUUGGAGUGCCUCAACUACAGCUCCAGCUUUUUCCAGAGAGUUGCAGUAUGUCUUUGGUCACACAUGAGCCCUCAGACACCAGUCUACCAUUCCCGCAGCGCAGAUCUGCUUCAUCAACUUCACAAUGCUACACCUGAUGCCUACAUCUGUGAAGACAUCAUUGGCAACUCACUGGUCCAGAGCAAAACGACUGGAUCGUUGGAAGCUCAUACUAAAUUUGCUUUACUGUGGCACUUGAUACGAAGUCAGAUAAGAUCAAGCAGCCCUGCUUCAAAGAUCAGGACAUUUGAUAGAUCCUUGUUAGUGGUCCUUGACAGCAUGGAACACCCUAGCAGUAUGAUACGUUCUACCACACAGAGCUGGCUUUUGGAUGCCAUCAACCGUGGUGACAUAGCAAGGCUCCUUGAACCGAUUCUUUUAGUCCUGCUACACCCUGCAACAGCCAGGGCAUCUGUUCAGUUCCUUGGAGCGGAUGCCAUGCGAAGGAAGCAGAUGGAGGAGGAACUCCGUGAGCGAGAGCAGCACCUUGACAGCAUCGAGAAUCGUAUCUACAGUAUUGGCUCCGUCGACGGGGAGAUCAAGUUCUAUGUCUUGAAAGACGGAGAGCAGAAGUUUGUCAUGAAUGCUGGAAAGCAGGAUCCCGUCUUUGCCUGCACGAGCGUCGAUGAGAAGAUGAACUUUGUGACGCGGAGUAACCUUGGUUUACGAUUCAGCCAGCCACCAGAUUUCCAUCACAAGCCCCUCAGUGUGACUAUCAAUCCGAUGAGUAUGAGUGCGCAUGCAUCCUUCAGUGAUUCUGAUAGUGAUGCCAGUGCACCAACCUCAAAGGCUGCAGAUAGGUCAUCAGACAGGAGGACUUCUGGUGGGACAAAUGUUGGGGAUAAAUCCAAGCUAAGCAUCAGUACUAAAGGGAAGGUGGCUGUAGAUAAGAAGACAGACUCGGGUUCAGACACUGCGACUCCGGUUAGAGGUAGUGGAGAGGGAAGCACUGAUGACCUAUCAGUCAGCGACGGCUAUGAUGAACCUUCUUAUGUGUAUAAUGAAGAGGUAGAUGAAUCAAUAGAGGAUGCUGUCAGAAGUAUUCUGUAUGCCUUAGUGGAUAAGGUUGUUUCAAACAUUGAAGAGAAGGAAAUUGAUGAAUCAGAUUCUGCUACCGUUAGACGAGCACCCCCUGUAUCCUCACCACCAGCAAGUACCCACCAUAGUUCUAAAGGCUAUGUGAGAGCCAAAGGAGGUCCUGUUGCACCUUCCUCCCCUGUGAAAGGAUCGGAAGAGUUCAUGUUGGACGAUCUAGAAGGGGUCAUGUCAGGCAUGGAAACUGAACCAACAAGUGACUCAGAAAUCACUUGGAGAUAUCCUCAGGAAUACUGUCAAGCAUUUGAUGAGAAACGCAUCCGCCUUUUGCCAGAGUCGAAACUGACUUCCUUGCAUCCGCUCCAGCAGCAUAUCCUGCUCUACGUUCAAGUGUAUGAUGAAGAGCAAAUCUUGCAUGUUCUUGCUAGGUUAAAAUCAAUCCUUCAUGCAUGCCCUCGGCAGUUUGUCUGUGCAAUGUCAUCUACGAAUAUCAGCAGUACAAACACUCCCCAGCUGAUCAAGCUCCAACAGCUACUUGCCCGCCAUAAGCGUUGCAUCACGGGAUGGGAUUUCUACACUCAGCUGGAGCAAGAAGCACUUCUUAGUUUCAGGAGCACCACCUAUCUUGAGGUUCUUAUCCUCACCUGUGUGUACUUCAUGCGAAGCUAUUACCCGCAGGAUGGCCGUGCCACAGAGAGAGAUGCUCUUGGGAACCGGGAUGUCCAGACAGCAAGCAUGGAAGUCCUCCAGCAUGUUUUGUUUGAACUAGUAGAUGUUGUUAAGAAUGGUGGUAGAGGACUAGCAACCUUUAUCAGUGACCUCCUUGUCAGGUGCAAAGUCCAGAAGGCUGUUGUGUACUGUCUGCUAGCAUCGGUGUAUGGUGCAAGGAAGUCCAAGUCUACACUUCCAGACAAGGACAAGACAAUCAUACAGGAUUCCUGUCCAGAACUCCUCACAGAGGGUGCCCAAACUUUCCAGAUUCAACUUUUGAAACUGGUCCUAACCAUCAUUAUUCUGGAAGAUCACCUCUUUGUUCUCAGGGAUUCUUCGCUAGAAACAACAGCAGGAACGGACGAUGGGGAAUGGGAGUACCGCCAUCUCAAGUUCCAGACCCAGAACUCUGCAAUGGGCUUCCUCAAGUCAGAGCGAUUGUCCUGUCAGGGUCUUCUCUUGACUGCGGUUCAAACUGCCCUCAAGCAGCACCAUAAUGCCAACAUGCACCGGCACUGGAUAGCCCUCAUAACAGACUCAUUACCUUACUUGGAGAGAGGUCUCCCUAAGCUAGGAAUCCCCCUAACAAGUCAACUAUGUCGUAAUCUGGAAUCCCUUGCUGGUGUCUACAAAAUGCAAGAGAACAGUAAAAGCAGUGACAAGGAAGACCUUCCCCCUGAUCAUGUGAUUACCAUGCUUGAAGGUCUAACCAACAUCUGCCACUUCUGCUUGCUGGAGUCGUCAUCGAGCCUGUCAUCGAUGACAUCCAGACACAGUGCGUCCAGUCCAGUCAAUGAGAGCGAAUCCACUCCAACAGCUCAGAUCUUCAGCAGUUUGAUUGGUGCUCUGACAAGAGAUAAAACUAAGGGUGCCACCACACCGACCAGUGGCCCGAUGAGCAGCCCGAAGACCGAGGCCAGGAAAGGACUGCUCGGUAUGCUUCCCAGGAUCAUGGCCAGUAUAUCCCGUCUAUGGAGUGCAGUGCAGGGUGCUGAACUCGGUCGAGAUGAUCAAGAGAAGAAUCAGGAGACUCCUUGUUAUAGCAUGGGAACACCAAAGGCUGUAAGACAGCAGAUCAUGGAGUUAUUGAGUCCCAUAGCCUUGCAUCACUCUACCAAUCUUCUAGCAGCUGUAGGAGUCGUCUGGAGCGAUAGCAGACGCAGGCAUAAACCACCAAAGGGAAAGGUCUUGGCCCAGCCUUCUAAUGAACAGUUAGUCCUGGUCCAGUUAGUGAGUGCUAUCAAAGCCCUACCAACUGACACCCUAGUACAGACCAUCAAACUGGUCCUCAAGGCACCACCCUUUACAAUCAGAGACAAGAACCAACCCGGCUUGGAGGUUAGCAUGCUACAGUUCCUGUAUGCCUAUGUUCAGAAGAUGGCUGUUGCUCCUCUCAGGGACUCCUGGCCAUCUAUCCUAGGACUACUCAAGGAUGCUCUACAACUCAACCUCUCUGCUCCUGCACAGUUCUUACUCCUUGGAAUUCUAAAUGAAAUCGUCCACAAGCUUCUGCCAUUUGAAGAGCGCAAAGAUCAGAGAGACCUUCAGGAGAUCAGCCAACGCCUGAUGGAAGCAGCCAACACCAUAGCAGGGUCAUCACUGGAACAGACUACGUGGCUCAGGAGGAAUGUCUCCGUCAAGAUCAAUGCUUCACAUAUCUCAGAAUCGGAUGCUGAUGCCUCAGAUUCAGCAGUUGGUCCAGAAUCACCUACAGAGGGUGCUGUCAAUAAUGGCAACAGUCCGUUGACCACACCCCCAAUCACAACCCCACCCGCACAACAGUCCUAUUCACAGUACAGCGUUCAAGCUCUCACUCUGCUUGCUGAGUUGAUGGCUCCAUUACUAGACAUGGUGUAUGGCAGCGAUGAGAAAGACAAGGUAGUCCCUCUCCUGACAUCAAUCAUGCACAAUGUUACACCAUACCUCAAGAACCAUAGUGCCCUAAACAUGCCUAGUUUCCGUGCCUGCACUUCUCUGGUAUCAAGUCUUAGCGAUUACCAGUACACCAGGAAAGCUUGGAAGAAAGAUGCCUUUGAUCUCCUUGUAGAUGCUUCAUUCUUCCAGAUGGAUACAUCUUGCAUAGGAGGGUGGAGAUGCAUAAUUGACAAUCUCAUGACACACGACAGAACAACGUUCAAAGAUCUUAUGACUCGAGUAGCAGCCUUGCAGAACACAUCCCUGAGUAUCUUUGCCAGCAAGGAGCAAGAGAUGGAACAGAGAGCUCAGCUUCUAAAGAGACUAAGCUUUGUUGUGUUCUGCAGUGAGAGAGACCAGUAUGUACGAUCGUUACCUGAUAUACAAGAAAGACUGGCUGAGAGUCUAAGAUUGAGCCAAAGCCCUGUUGUUCAUGAACAGGUGUUCAUGUUCUUCCGCGUUCUCCUCCUUCGAGUUUCACCUCAUCAUCUGACGGGUCUAUGGCCUACUAUGAUCACGGAAAUGGUGCAAGUAUUUCUUCACAUGGAGGAGCAGUUGGCUAAGAAUGCCCAGGACGGGUCUAAACGGUCAGCUUUGGUCAGUUUCUUCCAGCUUGGUUCUAACGGUGGCAACCCAUUGAAGACAUUCCUUAAUCUCUACCUCGCUGCUUCAAAGUUCCUUGAUCUUGCACUGUGCUUGCCUUCUGAAUCCCUUCCUCAGUUCCAAGUUUACAAAUGGGCAUUUGUUGGUGAGAGUAAUGAAGGUGAUUCCCAGACCAGAUUUGUACCUCAUAUUGCCAGAGUUACCAAACUACUUAGAGCCAGGAAGAAACAGGAUCCGAGCCUGAAUCACACCAUCAUGCAGAGAGCGAGCCAAGGGCGCCCCCUGUUGACCAUGCACCACAUCCGGUCGGUAGAAGAGCUCCUUCCUUUCUUCAAUACCCUGUGCAACAUGCGGCAGCCGUCCGCCUCGAGACCUGCGACCACCUCCCAGGGACUGACCGUGACCGCUGGUAGCCAUGACAACAGGCAAAACAAUGUGAGGGACGAUGGGGAGGAGGUGAUCGUCAUGGAGAAGCAGGAGAACGGUGUCCAGUCUGCGAUGGCUGACGAUGAGCUGAUUGAGCAUUUGGUGGAAAGAGAUUUCCUCCUUAUAGCAUGAUGAGGAAGCAAGUUUGGUUAAGCCAGUGAUUCUAGUCUUCGGGCUUUUUCUUAGGCUUUAUAUUGUACAGUACACACGGGGCUGUGGCUUGUUGU